AUGGAAAAAGCUGUGAUACACUUCAUCAUCCUGGUGUCCAUCUCAGGUUUGACAAAAGGAGCUGGUUUGUUGCCAGACACUCUGAAUGCAGCUGUCGGAGAUAAAGUGAUGUUCACCACAACACUGUCUCCCACGGAAACACUAUUCACAAUAGUGGAAUGGAGAUUUGGUGAUAAGAAAAUAAUAUCUUUCAAUGCUAACAACACAACUGGACCAGGGUACGAAGGCAGGGUCACCCUCUUCAUGUCUACUGGAUCUCUGGAGCUCAGGAAUCUGACUCCUGAUGACAGUGGAGAAUACAUAGUUACCAUUUUUCCAGCUGGGGAACCAUCGAAGACAGGGAACACAAGACUGGACGUACAAGUGCCAGUUUCCGAUGUCAUGGUAACUGCCAGCAGCACAGACUUGGUGGAGUUCAACAGCUCUGUCCGUCUGUCCUGCUCCUCCUCUGGAUCCUCUCUCUCUUUCCUCUGGCUGAACGGCAGCUCUGAGGUUACAGCCAGUGACAGAGUUCAGCUCACCGAUGGAGGCGCCAAUCUCACUAUAAUUAAUGUGACCCGCUACGACCAGGGACCGUACACAUGUCAGGUGUCCAACCUUGUCAGUACUGGAACAAGUGCUCCAAUAAACCUCUUCAUCAACUAUGGCCCAGAAAAUAUUAUUCUCACAAUAUCUCCGUCACAAAAAAACUAUGCGGAAGGGUCAGACAUCACCCUGUCCUGUUCAGCUGACUCCAAACCUGCUGCCCAAUUUAAGUGGCUUCUGGAUGGAGAUCUGCUGUCUGAUACUGGACCAGAGCUCAGACUGAUGGACAUUCAGGAGAUUCAAAGUUUGACCGAAGCAGCUGGUGUGUUGCCAGACACUCCUCUGAUUGCAGCUGUCGGAGAUAAAGUGAUGUUCACCACAACACUGUCUCCCACGGUAACACCAUUCCAAACAAUGCACUGGAGAUUUGGUAAUAAGAUCAUAAUAUAUUUCAAUGUUGACAACAUAACUGCACCAGCGUACAAAGGCAGGAUCACCCUCUUCAUGUCUACUGGAUCUCUGGAGCUCAGGGAUCUGACUCCUGAGGACAGUGGAGAAUACAUAGUUACCAUUUUUCCAGCUGGGGAACCAUCGAAGACAGGGAACACAAGACUGGACGUACAAGUGCCAGUUUCUGCUGUCAUGGUAACUGCCAGCAGCACAGACUUGGUGGAGUUCAAGAGCUCUGUCCGUCUGUCCUGCGCCUCCUCUGGAUCCUCUCUCUCUUUCCUCUGGCUGAACGGCAGCUCUGAUGUUGCAGCCAGUGACAGAGUUCAGCUCACCGAUGGAGGCGCCAAUCUCACUAUAAUUAAUGUGACCCGCUACGACCAGGGACCGUUCAAAUGUCAGGUGUCCAACCUUGUCAGUACCGGAACAAGUGCUCCAAUAAACCUCUUCAUCAACUAUGGCCCAGAAAAUAUUAUUCUCACAAUAUCUCCAUCACAAGAAAACAAUGCGGAAGGGUCAGACAUCACCCUGUCCUGCUCAGCUGACUCCAAACCUGCUGCCCAAUUUAUGUGGCUUCUGAAUGGAGAUCUGCUGUCUGACACUGGACCAGAGCUCAGACUGAUGGACAUUAAGGAGAGUCAAAGUGGGAACUACAGCUGUCAAGCCUUUAACAGCAAAACUCUGAGAUAUGAAAUGUCUCAGCCUGCAGCCAUCUCUGUACUGGGGAAAAUAUCAAAGGUUUCUAUCACAGAAACCAACUCGCCGAUUGAAGGGAACUCUUUCAUCUUAACCUGUGAUGCUGCUGGCUCUGUGUUUACCAGAGAGUGGAUGAAGGGCAGCUUAAAUCUGACUCCGGAUGACAACGUGGCACUUUACGACAACAACAGAGUGCUGUCUUUUAACAGUCUGAGUAAAAAAGACAAUGGAGAUUAUGUUUGUAAAGUCAGCAACACCUUCAGCCAGAAUGAAGCUAAAUACACCAUGGUUGUUUCCUUUGGACCAGAAAAUGUUCAAAUCAACGGUCCAAGUGAGAUACCUUGGGGAGAUACCUUAACAUUAACCUGCUCUGCUGAGUCCGUACCUGCUACCUACACCUGGAUACUGAAAGGGACAGAGAUACACGAUUCUUGUUUUGACAAAAAAAACACUGAACCUUCGGAUAAUGGCAACUACAUCUGUGAAGUGAUGAAUCAUAUAACUGGGAGAAAAUCAUCAGCGACCCAUGGACUGUCUGUAACAGGCGGGUCUGGAGGUCUUUCAGCUGGUGCCAUUGCUGGAAUAGUUUUAGGCUGGUGGAGUGUGGUAUUAUUAUAA